AUGGGCAGGUUUAGCAAUAUAAUAACAUCCAAUAAAUGGGAUGAGAAACAUGACAACUUUGAGGACCAGAGCAUACGGGAGUUACCGGAGAACCAGAUAGAACAUGAGAUGGAGGUGAUAGAUAUAAAUAACAAGUCGACACUAUACUCUAUUGACGAGAAACAGUACAAUUUAAAGAAAAAACAUGGUUUACAAGACGACGCAAUCGCCGAUGUAAACUCAACAACCAACUCCUUGACUAGGACGCAAAUUGUUUCUCACGAAGCAGGUGCUGACGAGGAGGACGAGGAAGAAGCUCACUAUGAAGACAAACAUGUCAAGAGAGCCUUGAAGCAAAGACAUAUAGGUAUGAUUGCAUUAGGUGGUACUAUUGGUACUGGUCUUUUCGUUGGUAUUUCCACGCCCUUGAGUAAUGCGGGCCCUGUGGGGUCCUUAAUCGCGUAUAUAUUUAUGGGUACAGUGAUCUACUUCAUCACUCAAUCACUUGGUGAAAUGGCCACGUUCAUCCCCGUAACGUCAUCUAUCACUGUCUUCUCGAAAAGGUUCUUAUCACCUGCAUUUGGUGUUUCCAAUGGUUAUAUGUACUGGUUCAACUGGGCUAUCACUUAUGCCGUGGAAGUCUCUGUUAUUGGCCAAGUCAUUCAAUAUUGGACGGAUAAAGUCCCUUUGGCGGCUUGGAUCGCGAUAUUUUGGGUUCUUAUUACUUUAAUGAAUUUCUUUCCCGUGAAAGUUUACGGUGAAUUUGAGUUCUGGGUGGCAUCGGUUAAGGUUUUAGCCAUUGUGGGUUAUUUGAUAUACGCCUUGGUUAUUGUUUGUGGUGGGUCUCACCAAGGACCCAUCGGUUUUAGAUACUGGAGGAACCCAGGUGCCUGGGGACCGGGCAUCAUCUCUAAAAACAAGAGUGAAGGCCGUUUCCUCGGUUGGGUUUCGUCCUUGAUCAAUGCUGCAUUCACGUAUCAGGGCACUGAACUGGUUGGUAUCACCGCCGGUGAAGCCGCUAAUCCAAGGAAGACAGUCCCAAGAGCUAUCAACAAAGUUGUCUUUAGGAUCGUGAUCUUUUACAUCAUGUCCUUGUUCUUUAUUGGCUUGCUAGUUCCAUACAAUGAGCCCCGUUUAUCUCCUAGUUCCGCUGUCAUUGCAUCAUCGCCUUUUGUCAUUUCUAUUCAAAAUGCCGGUACUUAUGCUCUUCCAGACAUUUUCAACGCUGUGGUCUUGAUUACUGUUAUAUCUGCUGCCAAUUCUAACGUGUACGUUGGUUCUCGUGUCCUGUACUCUCUCGCUCAAAGCGGCAACGCACCAAAGCAAUUUGGAUACGUCACUAAGCAGGGUGUUCCAUACAUGGGCGUCCUCUCAACAGCUGCAUUGGGUCUUUUAGCCUUUUUGGUCGUCAACAACAAUGCCAAUACCGCAUUCAACUGGCUAAUUAGCAUUUCCACUUUGGCAGGGCUAUGUGCAUGGUUGUUCAUUUCUUUGGCCCACAUCAGGUUCAUGCAAGCAUUGAAGCAACGUGGUAUUUCUCGUGAUGAUUUGCCCUUCAAGGCUAAACUAAUGCCUUAUGGGGCCUACUAUGCUUCUUUUUUUGUCACCAUCAUCAUAUUCAUUCAAGGGUUUCAAGCAUUCUGUCCGUUCAGUGUUUCCGAGUUUUUUACAUCUUAUAUUUCCUUGAUACUUUUGGCCGUUGUAUUCAUUAGUUGUCAAUUGUACUACAAAUGUAGAUUUAUUUGGAAACUAGAAGAUAUUGACAUCGAUUCUGACAGAAGAGAAAUCGAAGCCAUUAUCUGGGAAGAUGAUGAGCCAAAGAAUUUAUGGGAGAAGUUUUGGGCAGCUGUUGCAUAG